UGUAGAUCCAUAGUUAGCCUUCCAUAGCAUUAAUUAUAUGAAACUGCUCAAUCUCAAAACGACAUGUGGGAUUGGAUUCAUCAAGAGGAACCAAAUUUGUCUCGGACAGCCACAGGUUUACCAUCUAGAACUAAAAGAUUGUGGUGUGGGAUCUUUGUAAAGUCCACGUCCGGUCCAACUCCCAUUUCAUUUGGAUUCAACCCAUUCGAGGAUCUGCUGGAUCAAAAUCCAUUAACUGCCAGCGCAAGUUACCGACAACUAACUACCCUGCUAAACUUUUGUGCGUGCCACGCCGUAAGAUUUUAAAAGAAAAAAAGGAGUAACAAAAAGCCCAAAGAUUUUGCUCUUGAGAGUGAGAGCCAUGGCUGCGGCUCUUUCCCAUUCACAGGCUCGCUUUCUAUUAUUCUUCCAUCAAAAUCCACCGAUUGCUCCUCAAACCCUGAGAUUACAGACGUCGGAGACUCAGAAGAGCACAUAUUCGCCGCCGAGAUUCCGGCCAGUCCGAUGCUCAGCGAAACCGAACGAGAAAAUUACCCUCAGAACUUGCAAGAAUUGCAAGACCCAAUUCGACCCGGCCCUCAAUCACCCUCGCGCUUGCCGCUUCCACACCGCUCACUUUGGUGGAGAAACAAAGAGGAAGUUUGAAAGUGUGUACACAGGAGGUACCAUGGAUACUCCCAACUCCGGCAAAGUUGUUCAAUACUGGCAUUGUUGUGGGUCUGAAGAUCCCUUUGACCCUGGAUGCACUGCAUCUCCUCAUUCCUCCUAUGAUGACUGAUGAAGUUAAUUAACAUCUGGUUCACUUCUUUUACCCAAGAUUCUGGACUCGUUCCUAUCUUCUAUGAUAUGUUUGUCAUACAUAUUGUUCAUGUGUAUUUUCUUUCCCUUCUCAAUUGAUAUAUGUAGCAACUAAUACAUAUUGGUUUUAACCCCAAAACUAAAUGCAAUAUGUUGGGGACCA